AGUGCAAUUUGGAUUUCGGUGGUCAGAGGAGUUGAAAUGUCGGUCAACUAGAAAACUUUUUUGGAUCUGUUUUCGAAGCUAAACCGACGCGUAAAGCGCGCCACGGAACACGGUCCGGCUCGAAAAGAUGUCCUCGGCCUGGAUGAAGUUAUUCACCAUGCCAGCAUUCCGUCGCAGGCUGCCGCCGGGUACGCCAGUGUUUGUUGGGAACCGGAUCCAGAAGGACAUGCUGAUGGAUUUGCACAAGGAUUACCUGCCGGAGAUGGGCAUCACGACGAUGGGAGACAUUAUUGCCAUCCAGCGCCACUCGAAGACGGUGUGCGACCAGAGUGCCCGCGACCGGGUGCUGUCCUCACAGUCGGCAGUCGUCGAGAAGCCAGAACUGCCGGAACACUUAACCAAUCUGGUUCCGGUGGCGGCGGUUUCCGCCACGCUGAGCAACCCACCCAAAUCGUCGGUGUCCCGCCCCAGCUCGGCGAAAUCUCUGCCGAGCAAAUCGCGGAAUGGCUCUUCCAAGAACAAAAUCACACUUCCGACUGGCGGCGGAUCUUCCACGAACAUUGUGCCCACCAUCAACGAGGGUUCGGACAAGAAGGCAUCGCUGGUCGGUAGCUUAGGCAAACGGAGUGCCGUCUUCAAACGGCUCGAGUGCAACUCCAAUGAAGACGAAGAGGAGGAUGGAGAAUUGGACGUCGACAUUGACGACGCCGGAAACGGACGGAAAUCGCCGAAGAAGAUGGCCUCGAAGGUCAUGCUCAAGGGUAUCGAGGCGCUUGGGAAGAGAAGUGCCAGUUCUGGCGGCGGCGGAGGUUCAAUCUUUUCGCGGCUGGGCGAGAAGAGCAACCAGAGAGAGCAGAGUGAUGGAGCGCCCGCCGGGAUACUUAAGAAGACGCCGCAACAACCCACCCGCAAAUUCCCUCCCAAAACCCAGAACGUCACUCUGUUGAAGAAGAUCCCUGCCAAGACGGUCACGGCAGGUGAUGACCAGUCGCUCUCCUAGUGACGGCGCAGUUUUGACCGCAUGAACUCGGACGGCGAGCCGGCCAAAUUCGUAUCCUUCUCGAAGAGGGACGAAGUGCUCGAAAUCGAAUCCCAUCCCAUGCGCUUCCAGGAUCGGGAACUCCCGUUUUGGGCACGCCUAGGCGGCGGUGGCGCUAACUUCCCAGCCGGGAAACGUCGAUCGCCCUUCUCAAACCAACAGCUAACGGAGGCGUUGAUCUCCGGGUUGUUCCCGAUCUGAUGAAAAGACGGUCCGGCUACAGUGCGCCCACUUCGCGAGCAAAGUCCCAACCUGAGCCCUUAUAGUUCGUUGACAAGACCCUCGGCUGAUGUUCCUGAAGACUUCCGGUCACCGAUCUACGUUAGGAGGUCGAUCAAAAGGGCGACGGUGACAGCUUGAACGGGAACCGGAAGCAAGAAGCACGAGGUAUCAUCGGAACUCCUCUGGCUGUCCGUGACCGGAAGCACGAAAAUAUUCAAACCGAAAAGUACAUCGAGAAGCUCUUUGUCCAGCUCCAGGAGAUUUAACCAGGCAGACUUAUACAGCCUUUAACCUUCAUCGCCCCAAUCCGUGACUCAGAUGCAGUCCGUAAGUAGGAUACUGUAGGACAAGAUUACCCAAGAUUUGGUGGGGAAAUGCUGGAUCUCAUCACGGCGUCCAAAUGCUGCAGGGCAGAACACCAAGGAUGAUAAGGAUCAUCGAGGACAAAAGGAAUUUUAGCGCCAAAUUGCACCUUGGUUGACCGAGUUGCUGGACCAAGACAUUGGCUAGAUGAUUGGCAACCUCUGAGCCGGUGAUUACAGUUUCCCAGUAGGGUUAGGCUCCAAGUGAGGACAAGACAGAGCUCGGUGACGAUGGUAGCGCCGAAUUACCGUGACAUCCGCCAAGACCGGUAGAGCCGGAUAGCUAUUGCGACGAGCUGAGGAAAGAUAAUUCGGUCAACUGGAUUAGGAGCAGGCCUAGUGUAAUAUCUCAAACGUUCGACAGUGCGAGGCAUAAGAACCGCGGGGAAACCUGCAGGGACUUUCUUUGCAUUAAGAGCUAUCCAAGGUGUGGUAGACUGCGAGGAGCAGUAACCAGCUCGGAGCUCGAAAUAAAGUAGACAAGUCGCCUUGAUGUUCCAGCCGAAAAGACUCCUUUUUGUUUAUUUGAACUCGGGUAUUUAAGUUACGGCCUGGCACCCCUAGCCGUAUUGCACCAACACUUGCAGACUUGUCAUACGAAGCAUUCUUUCUGAAAUAAUAAAUCAGCCAGUCAAGUUUCAUCCUUCAACCAGUGCAGUGCUGAAGUUAAUCGUCCGAACCUCCCCACGGGCCGGGAAGCAGCCAACAUGGCCCGCUUCCCGGGAACCCCGUACAUAACUGGCGCAGUCGGUCGUCUCGGUGGAUUACCGAGACUUAAGGUAAGUAAUUAUUAAGUUUUAGUACAAUAAAUUUAGGGCAAAAAGUCUGGUUCACCAGCAAUUUCCUGUGUCGAUAUUGCGAAAUCGUAGUCGACACAGGCUAUAAGUGUUUAGCAUAGGGCAAAAUUAGAUUUUGCAAUAAAUUUAGGACAAAAAGUCUGGUUAACCAGCAAUUUCCUGUGUCGAUAUUGCGAAAUCGUAGUCGACACAGGCUAUAAGGUUUUAGUAUAGGGCAAAAUUAGAUUUUGCCGUAAAUUUAAGUGAAGAAAAAAAAACCCCCCGCGUAUGAACGAAGACGAUAUGUGGAUGAUACGAUGGUCAGCAGAAAAUGCUUUGAAACGGUCGUCACCGCGUAGGAAAGAAGACGAUAUUUGAACGAUACGAUGGUCAGCAGAAAAUGCUUUGACAUGGUCGUCGCGCUGACGCGAUUGCAACGAAAUAUCCAAAACCAAAAGAGUUCUAUAAAAAUUAAAAAUUAAAAAUUAAAAAUUAAAAAUUAAAAAUUAAAAAUUAAAAAUUAAAAAUUAAAAAUUAAAAAUUAAAAAUUAAAAAUUAAAAAUUAAAAAUUAAAAAUUAAAAAUUAAAAAUUAAAAAUUAAAAAUUAAAAAUUAAAAAUUAAAAAUUAAAAAUUAAAAAUUAAAAAUUAAAAAUUAAAAAUUAAAAAUUAAUUUUUUUUAAAAACUUUAAAAAUUGAGACGUUGUGUAAUUUUAUUGUAAUCCAUUAUUACAUGGAAAUACAAAGGGUACAAGUGAAUUGUAAUCGAGGAUUACGUAAUCUUAGAUUACAUUCAAUAUAAAUAUAUUUUUUUUUCAUGUUUGUAAUUCAGUAUUACAAACUUGGAAAUUUGUAAUUUGAAAUUACGAACUAGCUUGACAAUUUUUCACCAUUGUGUUUUCACAUUACUUUUAAAAUUCCCUAACCCAAAAAAAAAAAAGAAAAAAAAAUGGACGGGCAAUUGUUACAAAGCAUGAUGUAUUUUUUUUUUUUCCUGAAAUUAAUUCUGUUUUCAUCAAACUAUCCGAGGUCGAUUCGCACAAUAUUAUCAUAUGGUCGUGUUGCUCAAUUGGAGCCCAAAUUUGAAGAUUUUCAUUGGCAUUUUUGUUAAACAUUUUAUUUACUAAAUGUAAGCUAUUUACUUUACUUUCAUCCGCCUUUUACUUUUACAAUAAGUAUCAAAUACACAAAAACAGCAUCAUGACUACCAUAACGCUGAAAGAGAAAAUGCACCUUUGUUUGACGAUGGAGGAGUCGUUGUAUUGGCAUUUUCUGUGUAACAUUUUGUGUACUUGUUGUAAGUUGUCUAUCUCUACUGUUAUCUGUCUUUUACUUUCACUAUAAACAUCGAAUAUUAACCAAUACUUUUUGAUCCAUAGAGAAUCAGGAUGAUAAUCACGAGCCGAAACCGAGGACUGGCAGGCAAACAGCAUCGAAAAAAAAAAAAAAAUCAAUAGCAUCUUCAUUCCUUCUUUUAUUUGAUAUUUCUAACGCUUUUUACUUUUAGACUUCCACCAUAUUCACUCAACACCCGCUUGGUAACCACGUCUAGGGAAAGCAGCAGACGUGCAAAACAACCAGGCUAAUUUCUCCCCAAUGAACCUAACCAGCGUUGGAGAGGUAGUAAUGGAUAUGAAGAAUGAGUUGUAAUUGUAAAAUUCGUAAUCAUUGUGGCGUUAACGAAAAGAACAAAAAAAAAAAAAAAGGGUUUUAUGCCGUGAUUGAGGAGAGAGCAGACAUAGCUCAACCUCAACCCAAGUGCUUUUGUCCCUUCCAAAAGCCUUAGCCUGCAAAAAUUCUGAUGGAUGCUACUAAGAAACUGUACACCGAAUAUCGCUGUUAGAAUUAAGUUUGGUAGGACAAGUUAGCAAGAAAUCGUUUAAAUCAAACCAGAAAAUUCUCAUAAUUCUUAUGAGCCUGAGCCGCAUCAACCAAAUGCUAGGAAUGUGAUAUCCUUGAUACGUCAGGAAUCCUUCCUGUUGCCAUCCCGGGGCUCCAGACAACUAGAUUUGUGAGGCCCUCGACACGUCAGGACUCCGUCUAGCCUGGAACAGUCAUUGGGAAUGUGAUGUCCUCGAUACGUCAGGCAUCCGCCCUUGGACGAACUCCGCAGCAACUCGAGCACAUCAGUGGAACUCAGAGAAAAAAAAAACUAAAACAGUUUUUUAAAGUCGAAUCGAGACGAUUCGAGUCUAACGAUGGGGUAGUUACGGCCGGGCUCCCCUAGCCGUAUUGCACCAACACUUGCAGACUUGUCAUACGAAGCAUUCUUUCUGAAAUAAUAAAUCAGCCAGUCAAGUUUCAUCCUUCAA